UUAUGUUUGAAAAUCUUACAGAUGCUUGAAGGACGGCCACGCUUCAAGGAAUGAUGAAAUUUGCUGGAACUCAUAAUGACCGAUCCAAAGUAAUGUGGCGUUUUGUUGUUCUUUUCGCUGUCGUCGUAGUUAUAAAUUCACCCGGCUGCAAUGGCCAUGGUCGCUUGAUUGAACCGCCAAGUCGAGCAUCGGCAUGGCGUUACGGUUUCAACACACCGCCCGACUACAACGAUCACGAACUCUAUUGUGGUGGCUUUACGCGUCAGUGGAAACGUAACGGAGGAAAAUGUGGCGAGUGUGGCGAUGCAUGGGACAUGCCACUGCCACGGCCGCACGAACACGGAGGUCAGUGGGGUCAGGGUGUUAUUGUGCGGCGAUAUUCGCCGGGAGCUGAAAUGACUAUUCGUGUGGAAUUGACAGCAAGUCACAUGGGAUAUUUCGAGUUUCGAUUGUGUCCAGAACCCAAAGCAAAACAAGACUGUUUAGAUCGUAAUCUUUUAAAAAUACUGGCAGGAUCACCGGCCCAACCUGCACCCGGAGAUUUGGAGACAAGAUUCUAUCCAAGGAAUGGUAGUAGAAUUUACGAAAUAAAGGCACAACUUCCAGAGAUAACAUGCAGUCAGUGUGUCCUACAGUGGCGAUAUGUAGCUGGCAACAAUUGGGGUAUUUGUCCCGAUGGCACGGGGGCUGUUGGUUGUGGUGAACAGGAGGAAUUUAGAUCGUGUUCCGAUAUUGCUAUAGGCGCAGGCACUCUGACUCCAAUGCGCCCAAUACGGCCCAGUAUACGCACGACACAACGUCCCACUGUGCCGCCCACAGUCACAGAAUCCACUCAACACGAAUCCUCCGAACCAUUCAAUUAUGUUCCUAUUUUGGUUGUUUUUAUUCUCAUACUCUUGGCGGCAUGUAUAUUCGCCAUCUGGCACUUGAAUCGCAAAAAUAAUCCCAUGAUCAUCAAAUGCAAGGAGUACUUCGAUCGCCGCAUGUGCAAAAAUAAAUCGCCUACUGUGUUAACGCCAAAGCAUGCCGCUGUACCAUCGAUUAUUUCACAUCCAACUCUGGGCAAUUCUCUCAAGUUGGGGCAGGAACAUCAAAUGAAGGCUGAAUCUGCUACCGCUCCAAUACCACCACCCCGAACAAAGCGACAGCGGAAUAUAUCGAUAGGAGAAUCAAGCGCCGCAUAA